AUGGGUUCCCAAAUCAGAAGAUAUGGUCCAGCCCUGGGAUUUUGGACUUUUCUAUUUGAAUGUCUGAACAAAGUCCUAAAGACCAUAGAGACAAACAGUCACAAGGGCGGGGAGAGCAAUGCACUGGCUGGUCAAAAUCAAGACCUUCUUGUGUGCAUGCUCAGCAUUGAGCUGGAAAAGCACAAUCAAGAUCUAGCCUGGGUUGGCACACUUACUGCUCUUGCAGUCAAAGCUCAAGAUGUGGUCAAUCAACAGGCAGACCUUGGACAAUGCCUCCCUGCUGGGGUAGGCAAAUGUAUGCCUUUGGACAACUGGCUUCAGGAAGAGCUGGUUAGCCGGUAUGCAAGAUACCACCCUGAUCUUGACAUACGACCUUUGCAUGAUUACAGUGCCGGCCCAGACACCCUUUGGCUCAGCAACAAAGCAACCUUCUUCUCUGAGCUAUGCAUGGAAGGCAAGCACAUCAUUAAGUGUGUUGAGGAGAAGUUCAACAAGUCUGACAUGCUUGUUGUCAGGCUGCAGUGUGGCACUCAGUGGGUGGGGGAGUUAUGUGAUGUGUUCCAGCAUGUCCAGCCAGGUCUGUCUGGUAUGCAGACAUUUGUCCUCAUUGCCUGGCUAGUCCCUCUUCAGGCAACCCCACAACAUGCAUCCCUUUAUGACAAUCUGAAGGAACUAGAAGUCCACUUCUGGCAGCACAACUGCUACCAAACAUUCGACAAUGACUUUGGUAUUCAACCACUGCUUUUAGCAUGUGAUCUCUGCAGGUUUGCAGCCCAUUGUAUGCUUGAGGUCAAAGGCCAACUGAUGUGGAUCACCACAGGGCUCAGCAAAAAUGGGCACUAUCUAUAA